AUGCUUCACUCAUUUCGUCAACGAUCUAAGUCGAUAAAUAUAUCAAAAUCUCUUUUAUUUUGUCCCUCUUGUCGCAAUAUAUUCGAUUCAAUUAUUGAUCGUAUAGCACAAUAUAAAGAACGUUCAGCUAUAUUGCCUGGUGUAGGUAGUCCAUUUCCAACUAUUGUUCAGCCUGAUAUUGAUCUUGAAGCAUUAUUUAAAAGUCGUGAUCAAUUACAAAUUAAUUUACAACGUCGUCAUUGGAUUGUUGAUGUGAAUAAACUCUAUGCUGACUUUAGGAAAUGGCAAACACUUAAUGAACAAAUCAAUAGUACAACACAAGAAUAUUUAAAUUGCUCAGAAUUAUUAAAACAACAUAGUCACCAUGAUCCUCAACAAUCAAACUAUUAUAAACAAAAAGUUGCUGAACUACGUACAAAUAUUCAACAAUUUCGUGAACAAUUACAACCAUUAAAUGCUAAAUUUCUUGUAGCUUGUUUACGUUUACCUAAUGCAUUGCAUGUCGCUGUUCCUGAAAAAGGUGAUGUAAAACUUAUUUUUGAACAUGGUGUACAACGAAAAUCGAGUUUAACAAUGCGAUCUUGGCGUGAUUUAUCAGAAGUAAUUAAACAAGAUGCUACACCAUUUUCAAAAUAUUCUUUUGGUGAAUUUGCUCAAUUGGAAUAUUUAUUAUUAUCAUAUUUCAAUAAUGAAUUGGAUAGACAUGAUAUGAAUUUUUGUUCAAGUGUUAAUGUUUGUAAAUCAUUUGUAAUUGAAGCAUUUGGAAGAAAUUUUGCUGAUAUGAAGAAUGGUUUCAAUAUUAUAGAGGAACAUCCUGAUGAAGAACAUACAGUUGAUUUAUAUCAUUUAUAUGGAACAGCUUCUCCAAUUGGAUUAAUUGCACCAUUUAUACGAAAAAAUUUUUCAACUGAUAGUCUUCCAUUUUUUGUAUACUCAAUUGGACGAAAUUACAGUCCAGAACAUGGUCAAUCAUCAUGUAUCGAGUUAUUAUGCUUUUCAAAUGAACACUCACAUUAUUUAUUAACUGAUGACCAAAAAACACCACAAAUAUUAAAAGAACAAUGUGAACAAUUUGAACGUUUAUUAAAAUCAACAAUAACAAAAAAUGAUCCAACUUCGAUUAAUCUACAAUCAAAAUCGAUUGGUAAGAAAGAAAAUCAUUGUUAUGUUUUAAUUCUUUACUAAAGAUCG